UAUACCUUACCCAAAUUCUAAUCACGAGCCCUAAUUAGAAAACCCAAUCUUUCUUUUCCCCACAUUUCCCCUUUCAUUAUUUCCACACCAAUUUACACACGCAAAAAAAACUGUCGCUAAUCGAAUAAUCUGACCAGAACCAUCGUCUCCCCAAAACCCAUGUGCCAGUUUCCACUGCAAUCCUCAUAAAAAUCCUUUCUUUGACGAAAUCUGGUGUCUUCUUCCAGAAUUUCGCAAAAUUCUAAGCACUUUGGAACAAAAAAUCUAAGCAAUUGAACAAAAAUCAAAGCACUUUCAAUCCCCAUUAUUUUUUAUUUUUGAAGUUUCAUUUACACCCUCAAUUAGUUUCAGCUAUGGCUGCUGCUGCCCUGCGGUCGAAAUCCUCCCGGGACAGAGCUUCGGCCGCCGUCUCCCAGCUCCGACACUUCAUCCAGAACCACAUGCAUGCGGGCCGGGACGCCCGAUUCGACUACUUUUACCACCACAACCCCAGCUUCAUCUCGGGCUCGCCUUUCAAUUUCUCCCCCUUCAAGCCCCUCUCUUACCGCGGCGAGUACAUCGAUGGCGGCGGGACUUUCCCCAAAAUUUUCGGGAAUAAUAACAAUAUUAAUAGUAGGAAGAAAAUCGAGAAUUUGGGCUCGCAGGGAGACCCGCCGGAGGUAUGGCAGCCGCCUGACCGGCUUGCGGUCACGCCGUCCAUCAGGUUCAUUCAGGUCGAGAACAGUGACGACCCGAAUGCGGGAUCUGGAGGCGGCGGGCUUGGGGCGGGCCACAGGGAUGACUGCUGGGGCGGGUCGAAUCUCGGCCCGAAUUUUCCAACACCGAAGGAGAUAUGUAGAGGGCUCGAUAAGUUUGUGAUCGGGCAGGAGAAAGCUAAGAAGGUCGUUCUUUCUGUAGCUGUUUAUAAUCACUACAAGAGGAUUUAUAAUGAUUCAUCACAGAGGCCUGCUGGGAGUACAGAUGGUGGCAAAACUGAAGGCGCGGAGAUUGAAAACGUGGAGCUUGAGAAAAGUAACAUUCUCGUUAUGGGUCCCACAGGGUCAGGGAAAACACUACUUGCCAAAACUUUGGCAAGGUUGGUUAAUGUCCCCUUUGUUAUAGCUGAUGCAACUACGCUUACACAGGCCAGUUCUCUUUCUGUAUUCUUUUACUUGAUACAAGAUAACUACUCUUUGAAAUUCUAUUAUUCUAAUGUUGCCGAUUAUAAUGUUGCAGCUGCUCAGCAAGGCAUAGUUUAUAUUGACGAAGUUGAUAAGAUCACUAAAAGGGCCGAGAGCCUUAACCUUAGUAGAGAUGUGUCUGGAGAAGGUGUUCAACAAGCGCUUUUGAAGAUGCUCGAGGGAACUGUGGUCAAUGUCCCAGAGAAGGGUGCUCGUAAGCAUCCUAGAGGUGACAAUAUCCAGAUUGACACGAAAGAUAUUCUCUUUAUAUGUGGUGGUGCUUUUAUUGACUUGGAGAAGACAAUCUCAGAAAGACGUCACGAUUCUUCAAUUGGGUUCGGUGCUCCCGUACGAGCCAACAUGAGAACAGUCGGUGUUACAAGUGCUGCUGUGACAUCAUCCUUAUUAGAUACUGUUGAAAGUAGUGAUCUAAUUGCAUACGGUCUAAUACCUGAGUUUGUCGGGCGAUUUCCUGUACUUGUUAACUUGUCGGCCCUUACUGAGGAGCAGCUUGUUCAGGUUCUAACAGAGCCAAAAAACGCAUUAGGCAAGCAGUACAAAAAAAUGUUCCAAAUGAAUGGAGUGAAAUUGCAUUUCACAGAAGAUGCACUUCGAAUGAUUGCAAGAAAAGCAAUGACCAAAAACACGGGUGCUCGAGGCUUACGGUCCCUGUUGGAGAAUAUUUUAAUGGAUGCUAUGUACGAGAUUCCUGAUGUUAGAACUGGGGACAAUAUAAUAGAUGGCGUUAUAGUAGACAAAGAAUCUGUGGACCGUGGAUUUGGGGCCAAGAUUCUUCACGGCAAAGGGGCCUUGGACCUCUAUUUAUCAUCACAACAUAAGGUGAAGGACUCGGAGACUUCUGCAGAUGGGUCUGAAGGAGAACCCGAGGUCGAUAAUGAGCUUCCUUCUAUUGUAGCCUUGUAAUAAAUGUUUUUUUUCAUGGAUUGUACAGCAUAUAAGAAAAUAAACUGAGGUGAAAUUUGUUUACCAGAUUUAGAGGAGACUUUCAGUUCUGUGCUAAUUUGUUGUACAUUUUGCUUAAUUGCCCUAUUGUAAAUGGAUUUGUGGAAAUCUGGUAUAGUUUGAAUUUAAAUGCCUCCCUUUUGAAUGUUUGGAGUUAUUAUAUGGUUAUUUACAUUUUAC